AUGCUCGAUUCUGCAGAUGGCAGACAUCCUGAGCGUCGGUAUGCCCUAAUUGCCCAUGAACUGGCUCGUCUCAACAUCGACAUUGCCGCUCUCAGUGAAGUUCGCCUUCAUGAAGAAGGCAGCCUCAGAGACACACUCUUUUGGUCAGGUAAGCCCAGAACUGAAAAACACCUCUCAGGAGUCAGCUUCAUGAUCAAAAACUCCAUUGUUCCUAAACUCGAAAAUCUGCCAACAGGUCACUCUGACCGAAUUAUCUCCCUACGCCUUCCACUAAACAACAAGCAACACGUUGUCAUCCUUAGUAUAUAUGCCCCGACUCUCCAAGCUGACCCUGCUGAAAAAGAUAAGUUUUACACUGACUUGCGCCUCCUUACCCAAAAGGUUCCUGCAGACGAUAAGAUCAUUAUCCUUGGUGAUUUCAACGCCAGAGUAGGCAAGAAUUUUGAAGCCUGGAAAGGAGUAUUAGGCAAGCAUGGUGUUGGAAACUGCAACGAUAAUGGUCGACUUCUGCUAGAAUUCUGUGCAGAGCAACAGCUCACCAUCACUAAUACUAUCUUUCAGCAGAAAGAUAGUCUGAAGACAACCUGGAUGCACCCCAGAUCGAAGCAUUGGCACCUCAUCGAUUAUGUCUUGGUGCGACGGAGAGAUGUCCACGAUGUCCACCAUACCCGCGUGAUGCCCAGCGCAGAAUGCCAAACAGACCAUCGGCUGGUGCACUGUAAACUCAAUUUCAAGCUCAAAUUCAAACCAAAAAGGGGCAGCAUCCCAAGGAGAAGACUCCAAGUUAACAAUCUCCAAUCAGCCACAGUAAGAGACAGUUUCCAGGCAAACCUUCAAACUAGGCUCGAAAACAUUCCCACAGUUUCUGCAGACUCCUCUCCUGAAACAAUCUGGCACCACAUUAAAAAAAGCAUCCUGCAAUCUUCUGAAGAAUCCUUAGGGUUCUCCCUCAAGAAGAACAAGGACUGGUUUGACGAAAACAACCAAGAAAUCCACGACUUGCUGAGGAAGAAGAGAACCGCCCACCAAGCACACCUUGCACUGCCAUCCUGUCACCUCGGUGAACUACCAUCAGACCUUCGUGAUGCAGUCAUCAUCACUUUGUAUAAGAAGAAAUCAGAGUUCAGAUCAGAUUGCUCAAACUAUCGUGGUAUUACUCUGCUCUCCAUUGCUGGCAAAAUCCUGGCAAGAAUACUCUUGAACAGACUAAUACCGACUAUAGCAGAUGGAAUUCUACCUGAAAGUCAGUGUGGUUUCAGAGCCAACAGGAGCACCACAGACAUGGUAUUUGCUCUCAGACAACUGCAAGAGAAGUGUAGGGAACAGAACAAAGGUCUCUAUGUAACCUUUGUCGACCUCACCAAGGCUUUUGAUACUGUGAGCAGAAAAGCUCUGUGGCAGAUUUUGGAACGUUUAGUUCCCCCCAAGUUCCUUAAAAUGAUCAUCUCACUCCAUGAGGAUCAGCACGGCCAAGUCAGAUAUGACAACACACUUUCUGAGCCCUUUCUAAUAACCAAUGGAGUGAAACAAGGCUGUGUUCUCGCUCCUACCCUAUUCACUGUCUUCUUUAGCAUGAUGCUCCAAAGGGCCACAGCAGACCUCGAUGAUCAGGACGGUAUCUACAUUCGAUACCAUACUGAUGGAAGUCUAUUCAAUCUAAGGCGACUGAAGGCCCACACUAAGACCUUAAACCAUCUUCUCCGGGAGCUACUUUAUGCUGAUGACGCCGCCCUUGUUGCCCACACAGAAGCAGCUCUGCAGCGUUUAACAUCCUGCUUCGCAGAUGCUGCUGAGCUCUUUGGAUUGGAAGUCAGCUUAAAGAAGACAGAGGUCCUCCAUCAACCUGCACCUCAGGAAGUCCCCCAUCAUCCCCACAUCACCAUUGGCCAAUCAGAGCUCAAAUCAGUCCAACAGUUUAAUUACCUAGGUAGCCUCAUCUCCUCAGAUGGUAAGAUCGACGGAGAGAUAGACAACAGGUUAGCAAAGGCAUACAGUGCUUUUGGAAAACUCCACAAAAGAGUAUGGCGUAAUAAACACUUGAAGAAAAGCACCAAGAUCAGUGUUUACAAAGCCAUAGUGUUGUCGACUCUCUUAUAUGGCUCCGAAUCAUGGGUCAUCUACCGCCACCACCUGCGUCUCCUAGAACGCUUCCAUCAACGCUGCCUCCGCACAAUCCUAAACAUCCACUGGUCAGACUAUGUGACCAACACAUCUGUUCUAGAGCAAGCAGCUGUCACAAGUAUUGAGGCCAUGUUACUGAGAACGCAGCUGCGUUGGGCAGGGCACAUCUCAAGGAUGAAGGACCACUGCCUCCCCAAGAUCCUACUCUAUGGUAAGCCCAGAACUGAAAAACACCUCUCAGGAGUCGGCUUCAUGAUCAAAAACUCCAUUGUUCCUAAACUUGAAAAUCUGCUGACAGGUCACUCCGACAGCAUUAUCUCCCUACACCUUCCACUCCACAACAAGCAACACAUUGUCCUCUUUAGUAUAUAUGCCCCAACUCUCCAAGCUGACCCUGCUGAAAAAGAUAAAUUUUACACCGACCUGUGCCGCCUUACUCAAAAGGUGCCUGCAGAUGAUAAGAUCAUUAUCCUUGGUGAUUUCAACGCCAGAUGUUUUGACUGCCAUGUCAUUUCUGUUCUGUGGAUAAAGAACUUUGGUGUCCCAUUUGCUGAUUCAGGUUCUCAGGGUUACAAAGAGCCUCAGAACUUCCAGACACAGUGCUCAGAUGUGCAUCCAAAAUCUUGCAGGCAGAGACGCAUGAAAUUGUCUCAGGAGUUAGAAACAUAA